GUCCGUCUGUUAUAAAAGCCACGCACUAUUUCAAAACGUCGUUAGUUUAAUUGAAACGACUACAAAGUGUUCAACAUGAGAUUCGUAGCGACCUUUGUAAUAUUGGCAGUGCUGCUUGUUGGAGCUAACAAGGCGCUCGGGCUUCGAAUUAAACCAAUUGAGAUCCCUUCCCCACAGGUCAAAACCAUAUCUACAUCAACUACAACACUAACGCCACGAUCUACAUCGACACCACACUUCAGUUCAACUACAACUACACCACACUUCAGUACAAAAGAUACUACGACGCCAAAAUUUACACCAACCACAACGCAAUCCACAGCGACUCCACACUUCAGUUCAACUACACCAACUACGUCUACACCACACUUCAGUUCAACGACGCCGAAGUUUACACCAACCACGUUGUGAUCCACAACUUAAACGCACUUCAGUACAAGAACUACAACGACGCCGAUUUCUAGACCAACUACUUCUUCUUAAUUCUUAAGAUGUAUAAAACUGAAACACGCCGAGAGUCAAAUCAGUGGACGAUGUCAUUAGUCACGCUUCUGCGCUUUAUAGUAAAUAAAACUUGCUGAACAUCCUCUAUAAUAUUGUUUUUCGGCAAUAUUAAGAAAGUGCCCAAAUUCAGGGCCCAAAUAUU